UUUAAGGCAGAACUCGCACAAGUUAACCAGUAGAUUGAGAAAUAAAAACUAUGGAUGACGCGAAGCACCCUCGUCUUAUCCUCCAUGAAUUCCUUUCCCUCGACGAAUGCAAGGAAUUGCAAUUCAUUCAUAAGAGUAGCAGCACUGUUGGAUAUCGUCCCAACGUCUUCUCCACCACUCUCUCUCAUCUCAUCGCUACAAAUUGUCCCCAUUUUAUCAUCCCUUUCCUUCCCAUCCGAGAGAGGUUGAAAGAGAAGGUGGAGGAGUUCUUUGGCUGUGAAUAUGAGCUAUUCGUGGAAUUCACUGGUUUGAUUAGCUGGACUAAAGGAGCCAGCAUUGGGUGGCACAGUGAUGAUAAUAGGCCCUAUCUCAAACAAAGGGACUUCACGGCAGUCUGUUACUUGAAUACUUAUGCAAAGGAUUUCAAAGGCGGACUCUUUCACUUCCAGGAUGGGGAGCCAGCUACUCUUGUUCCCAAGGCUGGAGAUGUUGCAAUAUAUACAGCUGACAGCAGUAAUGUUCAUUCAGUAGAUGAGAUAACUGAAGGAGAAAGACUUACCCUUACCCUAUGGUUCAGCCGUGACAGUGAUCAUGAUGAGGAUGCUAAACUCAUUUCCAUUCUAUCAGAAAACUUGUUAUGUUCUUCAAACAAUGUGCCUGGGUUGAAGCUUCCUAUGCUAGCAGCAAGUAAUAUGUACUGGUUUUCACCGCAUCAAGCACCUAAUCAACAGUCAGGAUUUGAUAUUUGCUGUGCAAGAAUACAUCUGCUUGGUUUUGACAUUUAUUCUUCUCAAGAAAAGAGCUCUUUUUCAGAUUUGAUGAUAUUGAUGGAGCCAGUUAAACUAGCUAAGAGGAAUGAGUUGUUUGAACAUGAAUUUGCCAAUAUUCUGCACUUACUUCAGAUGGUACAAUUCUAUUGUUGGAAAGCCUCGGAGUUGGUUGUUUCUCACCUGGAAAGUUGCAAGGUAAUACAACUAUCACAAUCACAAAGGGAGAAAAUUAAUGCGUUGAAAUCUUUUGUUCUGAGGGAUCAUCAGCUGGUGGAAAUGGUGUUUAGCUUUGUCGAUAGCAAGCAGAAAUGUCAACAUUCUUUUGAUUGGGCAAAAUUUUCUGCUGCCAUUACUGCAUGGGAAGAUUAUUCACAUAAAUUGCACAAAAAGUUACUACUGAGCUUACCAUACUGGAGAACAGAGGGAAUUAUAUGCGGUAUUCCAUUUGAAGGUUCUUGACAAGGGAUUUCAAGUGGUUUAUAACGUUAGUCACUUGAGCUGCAGCAUUGGCCGGUUUUGUUGUUUGGCAAUUUUCUUCCCCUUGCACUUCUACGUUUUCUUAAUGUAUGUAUUUCUGCUCUAAGUUGGAUUUUCUAAUACAAUUCAAAGAGUAUAAGAUCAAAUUAUCUAUAUUGAUUUUUUUGUGGAACCCGUAAAAUGAGUAAAAUUGCUCCGCAUGUUGAUUGAAACUCAAAGCAAUUCAAUGAUUAUAUCUCUUCUUGUGCUCUGAGAAAGAAUGCGUGGAAAUCAAACGACAGUUCAUCCUUUGGAAAGAUGUAAUGUUUCAGCAGAAUGAAAAAGCUGAGUGACUCUCUUUGGAUAUGCUCCAUUGGUGCAAAACACUGCCAAAGGCAUCAUAGAAUGCAAAAGUGGCCGUGGAGUCGGUCAUUUGCGCUGACAUAAAUCCUUGGCCAUCAUAAUAUAACUUCAAUUCCUCUGGAUCCCACUUCCUUAUAUCACCCCUCCAGGCCUUUGAGCCGCCUCCACUUGUUAUGAAUUGAAUGUUGCUGCAUUGAGAAACAAUUGAUUUAAUGUUUUGCAUAAACUUUUUUAAUGUUGUUUCUUGUGGAAAUCUAUAGGUUGUACCUGUGACUGCUGCUGAUAUGUUGGAUACAGUGAUCAUGCCCGUUUAUAAUUGGAACAAGCUGCUGUAGAAGCUCUACUGUGAUUCCAUGGUGUCCUGCACUUAAGAUGGCAUGGUGACCAACAACAAGUUUCCAUUUUGCAUUGGAGCUGCUCAGUGCUGCAUCCACAUCCUAUUACAGAGGUGAAAUCAAAUCCAUCAUUACCUUUCCCAGUUGUGCUUUGAGUUAUUUGUUUUAUUUACCGUUUAAUUUUUUAGAAUAGCUUUUAAAUUUUUGUUUGAAAUAAAUAAAUAUAAGAAUUCAUUUCAACUUUUUCAUUAUGUCAAAUAUGGAUGUAUUAGUAUAUUUCAUAAAAUAUGCAUGGGAAUUUUGAAGCAUUACCUUCAACAGAUUUGCAAGGUAAGUCUCCCUAGGAGAAAUACCUUUCCAGUCAUAGUUGUGUUCUGGGUUUGUGAAGUAGUCAUUCACAAAUGGCGAUGUGUCCACAAAGAAAAUUUCAACAAUUUCUACAGAAAUAAGUCAAAAAAAAAAAAAAUUAAAAUAUUAAUAUCAAUUAUGCCCUGAACAAAUCUCAAGCAGUUUGUUUCUUCAGGAUUUAAAUUUUUAGAAAAGAAAUUAAAAAUUAGGACUUUCAUUUCUUCUUCUUCUUAUUUUUUUGUUUACCUGCAUUGACUAUGAACGACCGCAUGCAAAGCCAUCUGCUAUCCUUUUGUGUGAGGAUUGGAUUCAACUGUGCUUCAACAUCACCUCUGUAAUCAUGGUUACCCAAAACUGCAGAAAAGAAAAUAAGGAAAAAAUUAAUUAGAUUAAUGGGUUCAUAUUUCUCAAACCAUUGAAUAAUAUAACAAUUGUAUUAAAUUUGGAGAAUUAACAUACCCCUGUACCAUUGCUUUUGCAAGCUUGGGGCUGUGUAGAUAUUAGUAAAAGACUCAAAAAUUUGGAUCAUCAAUUCCUUUCAAGCCAUCUUCAUAAAAAUUAUCUCCAGUAGAGAUCACAAAAUCUAUGUCUAGUUCCUCUCCAAUUACUCCCAUCUGAAAUUCAUUUUACCAAAUAUAAAUAUAUACAUUUAUCAAAAAUGAUGAUUAAUGUCAUGUGAAAUUCUUUAGAAUUCAGGGUUCCUAAGAAAAAACAAAACAAAAAUAAAUAGAGAAACUUAUAUACCCAAUUCUUCUACGUUACCCAAUAUUGAAGAGAAUUGUUGCACUCUCAGGGUCAUGAAAUAGAUAAUUUCAAAAGGGUGAAGAAGAAAAAGCUUAUAUAAUUCAUAUCGUUAUGGAAGGAACUUUCUUUUUAUAAUAUACUAAAAAAUAAAAAAUAUAUAUAUUUGUAGAAAUAAUUUUGAUAAACUAUAAAGUCAAAAUUGAAAUUUAUCCUUAAAAACUUGUAUAUAUGGAUGUAAAAGCAGGAGAGUAGAGAAUUCAUAUAUGAAUGUAAAAGAGAAAAAGAAAAACAAGAGAGGACCUGUGAAGCAACUUCAGAUUGGUUGAAAAGUCCUCUUCUUCCCCAAUCUCCAAUCACCAAGAAGCUAAGAGAACCAUCGGAUUUCAAUGGCUGCUGGAAACGUUGAAGCUCAGCCAAUGAAGAAGAAAAGCAGAAACAGAUGAUGAAGGCUGCAAAAAUAAGAGAAAGCAUGGUGGGUUUUGUGAAGGCCAUAGUUGAAUUGUGAGAUGAAAUUGUGAAAAAGUGGAUUCUCCAAGCAGAAAAUUUAAGGGAAAAAUGAGAGUUAUCUUUGGCGAUUUGGAAGUUGGCCAUGCAAAUACAAUAACCCUUUAUAGCUUCGUGGUGGAGGUUGGGUUGCCGUAACUUGUGAGGACAUGAAAUGAAAGUUGUUUCAAAUUCUUUUCAUCUUAGCAUAGCUAAGUAUAAACAAAUAAAGGAUGAUUAUUAAAUACCAUUUUAAAAGCUAACCAAUAAUAAAUUAGUAAAUUGCUCAUUAACACUUUUACAAAUUAAUUUUUUAAGUUGUAUUUGUUGUAAUUUAAAGUUGUAGCUAUUAUAGAUUGUUCUAAAAUUUGGCCCUCUCUGCCUUUGAUUUAGGGAAAAUUAUUAUGUAGUAUAUACAAAGAUUUUAUUGUAGCUAUUAAUAAUAGUGGGUUCCAUAUAAGUCUCACUAUCAUCAAUACCAAUUAUUUUCCUUAGUGCUACCUGAACUUAGGGGUUAUAACAUAAUUUUAAUUAAUAAUAAUUUGUAACAAAAAAAAUUUGAACUUCAAUUGAGGUAACGAUAAGCUAUCUAUGGACUGAUUGGUGAUGAUUGAGCUCUAGAAAAAUGAGCGCGGCCUUUGCAUUGACAUUGUAAAUAUAUAUAUAUUUUUUCCAGCAUAGAGCACUACUAACCAUACUAGUGCUAACUAUGUAAGACUAUUAACCCAAUUAAAAUUGUUUUCAAUUAUUCCUAAGCCCUAAACUUGUUCAUUUUAGAAUACCCAAAUCUUCCUCUGCAUCUCUCCCUCCUUCUCAGAUGUCUUAAGCCUGAAGUAGAAUUGAUCAAAUAUGCCAUUUUUGACAGAUAGAAAUCAGACAGACCAUUCGCUUUUCUCUGUCUUCUGGUUCGUCUAUAUCUUUCACAAUCAACAAAACCAAUCUAAAGCUUGAUCUAAGUUUUCUAACAUUCAAAAUUCAUUCUAAAUCUCAUUUUAAGUUUUCUCUAAAUUUCUCUACCAAAUCCCAUCUCUCAUUCAACAAUUGAAUAUCAGAAUUCAUUUCAUUUAUAGACACUAAUCUUCGCUUAAUCUUGGGGCAAAAGAAAGAGAAACGGAACAGUCAAGGAUAAAAUAAAAUGGACUGUAGGAUUAAAAUAUUUAACCAAAUUGGUGUUCUUUCAUUUUCUGAGGGUCCUAGCCGGCAAAAGUAAAUAUUAUGCCACCAAAUAAUGUCAUACCAAUUUUUCGGAGCUAAACCAAUCAGCUAAUGUAUAUUUUAUUGUUAUUGAAAUUAAAGUUCAGACAUUUUUCUGUUACAAAUUAAUUAUUAUGUACUACUAUAUUACAACUCCUUAAUUUAGACAGUAUCAGUGAAAAUCACCCAAUUAAUAGUCAAAAUUUAACUAUUUUAUAUAUAAUGAUUAUAAUAAAAUUUCUCCUAAUUCAGCAUUAAUUAAUCUGUCCUUGAAUAAUUGAUAAUUAAUUAAAAAAAAGUGUGUAUAAUAAAAUAUUUUCAAACGUAGAUCAAAAUGGAAGUAAAGGAUAGCUUAGCUAAAUUAAAUAUUUUAUAGGUGAAAAGUCUAAAUUUAUAUAUUUAUAACUUAAUUAAUGAUAUAAAUUUGGAAAAAUAACAAUUUAGCCCCUCAAAUUUAGUGAAAUUUACUAGUUAGUUCAUUGAUUUAAAAAAACUCAUUAAAACAUUUUUGAGAUAUUAAAAAAUCUACUAAUCAGUUAUUUGUUAACUAAUCAGUUAUUUGUUAACUUUAGACAUUGAUUUAACUUUAGACAUUAAAAAAUCUUUCAUUUUAGACUUUUCUGAAUACUUAAUGGCUAAAAUUAAUGGACGGACUAAUUAGUAGAUUUUCUAAUAUCUCAUAGAUGUUUUAAUGUGUUUGUCAAAACCAAAGGGACUAACUAGUGAGUUUCACUAAACCUAAGGUACUAAUAGUAAUUCUCCCUAUAAGUUUUAACUUUUAAAUCUAUCGUGGGUCAUAUGGAAGUGUUUAGUUUGGUUACGCAUGCAAAUAACUAAUUGUUGGAAUUUGCAAUAACAAAAGCUAAAUUAGGGGCAAAUUAAAUACUAAAAAAUUAAAUAACUAAUCUAAUAUAAGCUCGAUCUCAUUAUAUGACAAAGGAAAUAUUUUACAAUAAAUAAAUAUUUGCCAGCAAUAACUUAAAUAAUUUUUUUUUCGAAUUUUUCCUUCUCGUAAAAUACAAAGACUACAAGUCUACAAGAUAACAUUAUCCCUUCCUCAAUCUUAAUCCAAGCUCCCAUCAGUUUCUUCUUCUUCUUCUUCACCUUGUUCUUGCUUGAAGCAAAAUAACUUGCUUAAAUGGUAGUAGAGUGAAGCUCUUUGUUCUUGCUCCAUUUGUGCAAAAUAUAGCCAGAAACAUCAUAGAACACAAUUCUACUUGAGUUUGUGUAAUCUCCAUAGACAUGAAAACUUGACCAUCAUGAAAAACUGCAUUUCCUUCGGAUUCCACCAAUCUACAUCUCCUGUCCAAGCUUUCGAGCUGCCUCCGCUCGUCAAAAAUUGAAGCAAACUGCAAUACAUGCACGCACAUGCGUGCACACAUAUAAAUAAAUCUUCUUUGCGAAGUUUUCCUUCUUGAAAACCUUUUCUGAAAUGUUAACUCCACUACUGAGGAAAAUGUGCGUAUUCCUCUAAAUCUAAUCUGCUUUUUUUUUUUUUUUCUAUAUUUACUUAACCGUUAGUACAUGCAAAUUGGGACCCAAACUAGCCAAAAGGUCAAACUUUCUUUAAAAUGGUAACUUCGAAUUUUAUCCAGUGAUAUCUGAAUCUUUUUGCCAUUCUAAUAGAUAGUACAAUUCUAUUGUUGGAAAGCCUCGGAGAUGCUUAUUUCUCACCAGGAAAGUUGCAAUGUAAUACAAGUAUCGCAAUCACAAAGGGAGAAAAUUAUUUCCUUGAAGUCUUUCGUUUGAGGGAUCAUCAGCUGCUGGAAUUGGUGUUCAGCUGUGAUGACAACAACCAGAAAUGUGAACUUUCCCUUGAUUGGGCAAAAUUUUCUGCUGCCAUUAUUGCAUGGGAAGAUUAUUUACAUAGAUUACACAGAGUUACAAUUGAGCUUACCAUAUUGGAGAACAGAGGGAAUUAUAUACAUUGUUCCAUUUGAAGGUUCUUGACAAGGGAUUUCAAGUUGUUUAUAACAUUAAUCACUUGAGCUGCAACAUUGGCCGGUUUUGUUGUUCAGCAAUUUCCUUCCCCUUGCACUUUUACGUUUUCUUAAUGUAUGUAUUUCUGUUCUAAGUUGGAUUUUCUAAUACGAUUCAAACAGCAUAAGAUCAAAUUAUUUAUGUUGAUUUUUUGUGGAAUCUGUAAAAUGAGUAAAAUUGCUCUACAUGUUGAUUGAAACUCAAAGCAAUCCAAUGAUUGGAUCUCUCCUUGUGCUCUGAAAAGGAAUGCGUGGAAAUCACAUGACAGUUCAUCCUCUGGAAAGAUGCAGUGUUCAGCAGAAAGAAAAAGGUUGUACCUGUGACUGCUGCUGAUAUGUUGGAUACAGUGAUCAUGCCCGUUUAUAAUUGGAACAAGCUGCUGAAGAAGCUCUACUGUGAUUCCAUGAUGUCCUGCACUUAAGAUGGCAUGGUGACCAACAACAAGUUUCCAUUUUGCAGUGGAGCUGCUCAGUGCUGCAUCCACAUCCUAUUACAGAGGUGAAAUCAAAUCCAUCAUUACCUUUCCCCGUUGUGGAUUGAAUUUUUUGUUUUAUUUACCCUUUAAAUUUUGAGAAUAGCUUUUAAAUUUCUUUUUGGAAUAAAUAAAUAUAAGAAUUCAUUUCAACUUUUGCAUC